AUGCAUUUCAAGGAACGAUUCUUGAGACAGGCUGAAGUCCUGCAAGAUCUGUAUGGCGUUGUCUGGUUCCGAAAUUUUGCAGUCAAGACAAAAGCGUAUGCUGCUAUUGCAAGCACCGAUACUACUGCUAAGGACAAGUUCAAGGAUGAUAUCUUUGAAGCCGUUCUUGCAACAGGAUUCCUGUGCAACUGUGAUCGAACGAGAACAGCGCCUCUGAUGCUGGAUCUUCAGACGAACUACUGCAGGGAAGUGGAUUAUUAUCCAAAGACGGUCAGCAAAGCACAAGAAGAUAUGUUGAAGAUUCACAUGGAUGUGAUUCAAAAUCCGGGAGUGAACCUUUACCAAGGAAAAGACCACCCUAAUAAAGGUAAAGGCAAAGGUAAACCGAAGGACAAUAAGAAAAAGGCGGCAUGUUAUGUAUGUGGCAAAGAGGAUCAUAUGUCUCCGAAAUGUCCAGACAGACUGCUACCAGAGAGUCAAUGGAAACAUCCGAAACACUAUGUUGAUUACGGGAAGAAGCUCAAUCUUAAUCAGAUUGGAGCAACUGUCCCAACUACAGCUACAGUUCCUGGACCUUCUCCAGCGACAAGUGUAAUCACGGGUGGAACAUUGAGUGUUGCGGGAAGUGUUAACACACCUUUGCGACUUGCUGGUACUACAGGUAAUCAAAUGAUACAAGUUCCUACAGGUAAUCAAAUGAUGCAAGUUCCUUCGGGAAUGCAGCUCAUGCAGAUUCCAACUCAAGGUGGCGGCA